UGUUAUUAAAGCACCUAAAAAUAAUAAAAAAGCAAAAACAUUUCCAAAUGCUUUCAUCGCGUAUAAAAAGGCACUAAUUAAAGAGAAUCGUAAUAGAAACAUUAAAUUACCUUCUAUGCGCCAACUUUCUAAAAUCGCAUCAUGUUAUUGGAAAGAAGAACCAGAAAACGUAAAGGCAUUUUACAGCAAGCUAUCUGAGGAUGCUAAAUCUUUGUAUAAGCUGGAAAAUCCGAUUCAAAUUUUAUUUGAUAAAAAUAUGAAUGAAGUUGAGGUUUCACGUGUAAUUAAUAAAGCUGACUCGAAUUAUGUCAAUUAUAUCCAAGGCAAUGAGGAUCCCGUUGAAAAUAUGCAAAAUUCAACAAUUGGGUAUCUUCCGAUUGAAGAUAAUUCUGCCAGUGUUAUGAAUUUUUUCCUCGACAACAAUUAUAUCAAUCGUUCCCAAGCUAGUUUUCCUAAUAGUAACUUUUUCGAAGACCCGUAUUUAAUGAAUCAAGUUCCUAACGAUCAAGUGUAUAUUAAAAAGUUGGAAUGCGAGAACGUGCAAUUUCCACCUCUGCAUGUUGAUUCAGAUUAUACCCAAGGCUUUGAGUAUGGGAUGGAUCAUAUUUUUACCGAUUUCGUAUCGGUUGAAAAUAACCUAAAAAAUGUUUCAGCUUAUGGCACAGACUCGAAUUAUAUCAAUAAUGGAACCGGGGAAGCUCUUCCCGUUGAAAAUAUGAAUAUGUACCUUUUUGAAGAUCAAUGA